GCACUCGUGCAGCCCCGCGCGUGUGCGCGUCUUGCACCGCCAAGGGACCAGGCAAGUAGAAACGAUCGACCUCAAAAGAAAGCGGGCUGAGCAGGGACCUCCAGAGCGGAUCUGCCCAAACUGAGGGCAGGUUUUGCUGUCCUUCCCUUGAGCACCGCUCGGCUCUGAAUAGCCAGUGUGUUUCAGCGGGGUCGGGAGGACCAGCAGCCCUGGAAACACUCAGACGUAUCGCUGCACUUCUCGUAGCCGUCUCUGGGAAAGCUUUCUGCUUGGACUUCAACACUUCGGCGUCUGCACUUGUGAACAUUGCGGGUCUGCCUCCACUGGCACAGGGACUACGAGGAGACCCUGACCGGUUAACUUGCAUUGCGUAAAAUAGGACAGGCAACCUAGACAGAUGUAGCUGUCACAGCCGCACGGUAUUACUGGGGACGCAGAUCAUUAUUCUAUUCAAGUUUCCAGGAUUUUAUUCCAUCCCGUUAUCCAUGAAGGAGGUUGGAGACGGGCUGCAUGAACAGAUGAACUGCAUGAUGGGUGCCCUGCAAGAGUUGAAACUCCUCCAGGUUCAGACAGCUUUGGAGCAGUUGGAGAUUUCAGGGAGUCGCAACCCGGUCUCCGGCGCUGGGCAGCACCAGUGCUGUCGAAAUGGCAGAGAGGGGCCCAAAGCCAGGCUGGAAACCAGCAGGCAGAACGAGAGGUGGCUGGGCAAGAGGCCGGUGGAGGAGCGCAGCUCCCUGGCUAUGGCCAACCCCACCCAGACGCACCAAUCUGCCAGCCUGUUUGGCCCCGUUACUUUGCCAGACAGCGGCCACCACAGACACACGGCUUUCUCCGUCAGGAAUAUCUAUAGCGAAGACUAUUAUCAUGUUAACAGACCUUCCUCGACCCUGACCGCAGCAGAGUAUUGCCCACCAAGGACAUUUGAGUCGUCCAGUUUGGGCUCGACCGGAAACCAGCUUUGCAGAGACACACGCGGCCUCCCCCAGAGCCCGGCUGGCAGUCGAGCCGGCUGCAGGGAGUGCCAGCUGUCGGACGACGCCAACGACUGGACUUCCUCCCUGAUGUCUCAGAGCAGAAACCGGCAGCCUCUGGUCUUAGGGGAUAACAUCUUUGCAGAUUUGGUUGGGAACUGGUUGGAUCUGCCAGAGCUGGAUAAAAAGGGCGAGAAGAGCGAGCCCUCCCUCUCGCCCAGCAAGUCUCAGGAGUUCUGCAGGAAGUUCUCCCUCACCACCAACAUUUUCAAGAAGUUUCUGAGAAGCGUCCGGCCGGAUAGGGACAGGCUCCUCAAGGAAAAACCAGGCUGGCUGCCCGCGGGAGGCAGGGAGACGGAGCUCUCCAAGAGACCCAAAAAGGCCAGCAAACAGAAAGGGACGUUUUACUUUCCCCUCCACGGGAACAUGCAGAACAAUCACAGCAAAGCGGAGAGGUGCCCCAAGAUGGAAACAAGCGGUGACAAAUCCAAGCACUGUGCCAAGACGGUGCACGACACCAUCGACUACACCCAGUCAGGCUUCGAUAUUAAUACGGCUGUUUGGGUCUGAGCUCCCCUGCUCAGCCGUUGUGUUUGAAACCAGAGAUGAGCUGGAGGGCACACAUGGCCGCACGCGAGACCCCUCCACACCUCUGCCGCGCCACGUGCCGGAGGAAACGGAGAGCAUGCAGUGCACUUCAGGCCCACGUAAGGACAGCUUCACGGCAGCCGCUGGGGAAGGAAGCCGGAGCAGCAGCCGAAUCAGGAUGUGUGCCGAAGCUUGCCAGAGCCGGCGAGAGUAACGUGAAUCCUCAACCGCUGGCAGUGCCAUGGAGAGCCAUUUCCCUUCCCAGUCUGCAACUCUCACUGGUUAUGGCAGCUUCCAUGUGGUUCAUCUCUGGUUAAAAUAGAUGCACUACAUAAAACGCGGUGUGUGUGUGUGUGUGUGCACUAUAUAUAUAUAUAUAUAUAUCUAUUUUUAAAAAAUCUACUCUUCCUCGUGUGCACUUAAUACUGGGUUACAAACCAAGCAACUCAAAAGUUGAUCUCAAAGCACUUAAUAUUUAAAUGAAAAGAGUUAGGUAUGACUUGACGAGAGGCACUGAACCGUUGUUAAAGCCGGGUGUGGGCGCCUGAGCAUCACACCACAUUUCAGCUAUUCCCUUUUUCAAAGGUGUCUCCAGUAUAGUCACCAUGUCUGUGCUUACCAGUGCCAGUUUAACCCGUAGCGAGUAACCAGGUCCAUGCUUGGAAAUUUGUGAUGUCCAGAAAUCCUUCGCCCAUUUUGCUUAACCCUUCAUGGCCUUAACCUCAGAUGCUGCGCUGAGACCUUAUGUCGGGUUGUUGGGAUUUUUUAAGUGUUGUUGUGUACAGAUUUAGCCUCGAGAGAACAGAGUUCUUCAGUGUUCAGCUCUCCAAGAGCUCCUAAUAAAGAGAUGUCAAAGUCU